AUGGGGCGCGCCCUUGCGUGGGCACUGUGGUUGCUGCUGCUACUGCAGGAUCCAUGCAGCCUGGGAUUGUCCUGCGACGUGUCCUCGGGGGACGUGGACUGGACUACGGAGUUCACAGCAACAUGCUUGAACUUUAGCGGUAAAGGCCUGAACCUGCCCUGGAACAGGUCUCUGCAGGCCAGCAGCGUGUUCCUCCUCGACCUGUCUGGAAAUGGCCUUCGAGAGCUCCCGUCACCCUUCUUUGCUCACCUGGGGAAGCUGAAGGUCCUGGAUGUGACAAACAACCCCCUGGACCAUGUAGAUACAGUGCUGGCAGAACGCUGUGACCUUGACUUGAAGGCUGACUGCCGCUGUAUCCUAGCCUCCUGGCACAAGGUCCGACAGGACAACUGCUCUGGCCAGCUGCCUCUGCAGUGCCUGGAUGCAGGCACCUGGCACAACCUCUCCACCUUCUUGGAGGUCAGCUGCUCCCCUGGCCUGGCACCCACAACCAUUGGGGCACUGGCAGCCAUUGGAAGCCUGCUCCUUGGGCUCUCCAUAGCUGGCCCAUUGCUGGUCUGGAGACUCCGGGCACGCUGGGCACCCAGUAGCCAGAGCCAGGACAAAACAUGGGCUGCUCCAGGUGGUUCCAGACCCAGCUCAGGCUGGCAGCCAAAAUACAGUAGCCGGAGCUUCAGCCCUAAGCAACCAGAGGCCACCCUACCCAGACCCCCCACGCCUGACUAUGAGAAUGUGUUCAUUGACCAGCCACCUUCCAGGCACCAGUCGGCCAAACAUGGGGCUCACCCAUCAGAGGAUAGCGACUUCUACAUGAACUAUGAGGACUUCCACCAGGCCUCCCAGCCCAUUUACGGCAACCUGCAGUUCCUGGGCGAGGCCCCAGCAGUCGAAGAGGAGUAUGUGAUCCCAGGGCACUGAACCUGAACUCCAGCAUACCCCCUUCUAGAAACAGAAGUACUGAGAGUUGAGGAGACUGAGAGCCAGAGAAACGGAGCUAGACAAGCAUGGAGACAGCGGGGUGUGCCAGGCUGCCCCUGAAGCCGUUACAAGCACCAUUCAAUCGCCUGUCAGCUACAAGAACACCCGGCUGCCCGCUCGCUGAAUCCUUCCACUCACCCCUGUAUUAGGUCCCCUGUGGGAACUGAGGCCAGGUAGGGGCAAGCUCUUCCCGAGAUCCCCAGCUUCACUGGGCAUCACAGGAGUCAGGUCAGACAGAUUCAUCUUUAUUACUAGACUUUAAAUAAAUGCACACCCUGCUGUACCAGCCGUCCCCAGCCCUCCGGUGCUCAGGCCGAUAACCCCAAUAAAUUAAUAAUAAAUAUCAACUUAUAAA